UAUUCAAAUAUAAGUGUUUUUGACAGUGGCCGUCAAAGAGCAACUUUAACUGCACUUAAUGUACUCGUCCCCCAUAUCAGCGACGGAGAAACAUGGCCAGAAUGUCUCUUAUUAACUAAUGUACUGUCAUGUUUCUGGAGAGGCGUUGCGUAUGCCAUUGUACUGCUUUAUUGCAGUAGCUAGCUGGCUUUUCAGAAAACCUCAGUGAAAACUGCGUCUAGCUAGCUAGAUUGACACUAGUCUCACCAUGAGAUUGUCGGCAUUUCUGUUUAAGGACGUUUCAUCAAAGAUAGAGUACUACUCCAGAUUUUCGCCGUCUCCACUGUCGAUCAAGCAGUUUCUGGAAUUUGGCCGGGACAAUGCGUGUGAGAAGACCUCGUACAUGUUCCUGAGGAAGGAGCUGCCGGUGCGGCUGGCCAACACCAUGCGCGAGGUGAACCUCUUGCCUGACAGGCUGGUAAGCCAGCCCUCGGUCAAACUUGUGCAGAAAUGGUACAUGCAGAGCUUUUGGGAGUUACUCGACUAUGAAAACAAGAGCCCAGAUGACCCACAUGCCCUGAACGACUUCUUGGAGGUCCUUAUUGAGGUCAGGAACCGGCACAAUGACGUGGUCCCCACCAUGGCCCAGGGUGUCAUUGAGUACAAGGAGAAGUUCGGUUUCGACCCGUUUGUCAGCUCCAACAUCCAGUAUUUCCUGGACCGUUUCUACACCAAUCGCAUCUCCUUCCGCAUGCUCAUCAACCAGCACACACUCCUCUUCGGCAAUGACACAAACCCGGCACACCCCAAACACAUUGGCAGUAUCGAUCCUGCGUGCUGUGUCUCUGAUGUGGUCACCGAUGCGUAUGAGACAGCCAAGAUGCUGUGUGAACAGUACUAUCCUGCUGCCCCAGAGCUGAAGAUCGAGGAAUUCAAUGCUAAGGCACCUAAAAAACCCAUCCAAGCUGUUUAUGUGCCCUCUCAUCUGUUCCACAUGCUGUUUGAACUGUUCAAGAAUGCAAUGCGAGCUACUGUUGAGCACCACGAAGAUGACAAAGAUGACCUUCCACCUAUUAAGGCAAAGGUUACCCUAGGGAUGGAGGAUCUGUCCAUAAAGAUCAGUGACCGGGGUGGAGGCGUGCCUCUGAGGAAGAUUGACAGGCUCUUCAACUACACCUACUCCACUGCACCAACCCCCAGCCUGGACUCCAAACGAGUGCCCCUGGCUGGGUUUGGCCAUGGCUUGCCCAUCUCCAGACUGUACGCACGCUACUUCCAGGGGGACCUGAAGCUCUACUCUAUGGAAGGUGUAGGGACAGACGCGGUCAUCUACCUGAAGGCUCUCUCCAGCGAGUCAUUUGAGCGCCUGCCAGUGUUUAACAAGUCAGCCUGGCGCCACUACCAAGGAGGGCCUGAGGCUGACGACUGGAGCAACCCCAGCAAGGAGCCGCGGGACGCCUCCACGUACAAGGAGAAAAGAUAAUUGCCACCCUUCCCCACGCACCACUGCCUGGCACCGGGCCUACUGCCCCUCUACCCCACCCCUCCUUCAGUUUUACUCUAGUUUCUGUUGCUGUGGCAACAACACAUCAAUGCCAAGUGUUCUGUGCUUGUCAGCAUUCCCUGAGCAGAGCCGAAACGAGCCAUGCGUCUUAAUGCACCCUCUGCUCCUUCUUCCUCGGUACAGCAUAACACAUUGGUUGUAGUGCCCCCUUGUGGCGUGGUCCGGAGAGGCUGUGGGAGGCAGGGGAGAGUUCUGUGUGUGCUCGAGUGAAUGGGGCCCCAGGUUCGAAAAGUGCCACAUAAUUGGGCCCCUGUUUGCUUCCUCUGAAGAGCCAGGGAAACCAGGCUGCUGGUGUCUCAGAGGGCUGAGGCAAAGCACUUUUCAUUUACUGUCGUUGGGAGAUUCACAGGUGGGAGAAAUAUAAAGUCUGCUGUUUCCUUAACAACAAUCACCAAGAACCGUUCCAUCUGACAAUAGGGAAUCCUGGUUGUGUUUUAUUUGUAAGGCACAUGAGUAAUUUUGAAAAGCAAAAUUUAGCAAAUAGGCAAAACCAAAUGUUAUACAUAGAAUUAAAUGUCAUAUAAAGAAUUUAUAAAAUUCUAAGCACUAUGUCAAGUAUAAACCACUUGUUUGAUAUGCAUUUGGCUGUAAUUUCAAGUAAUGUGUAAUAAUUAUACAAAGAGAUGCCACUGCCACUUUUAGAAAAUUCUAUAAAUAUCCGAGACCUUUCAGGGCAUUAGAAAUCCUUCAGACUCCAUUUACCUUUAGGAGGGUUCUUUUUCCCAAAACCAUUCUGACUCUUGGCUUUCUUUUACACUAAUGAAGACAAUGACCCGGACAAAGUGAGCAGUAGAACGGAGUGUAUGUGUUAUCAAAGCCUCAUCUUACAGCAGCCGGUUUAAAAUGAUAGAAACAUUAAUGUUUACAAAUCUUGUUACCCUCUUUGAGUUUUUUGUGAAUCAGUAGCCGCUGAAGUGUAACAGAAGCACCACCCCUCCACCAAUGUCUCCAUCCAUGGCCAGCAUGCCAGUUUGAUCAAUGCAGAACUGUGGAGGAGGCCUUCACAAGUGGUGUUCCUGUGGUUGUAAGCUAGCGAUGCAAUCAUAGAUGUUUGGUUCUUAUGGAGGAGUUCAUUUUAAAUAGAAACACAGGUGUUUUGUUUCCCCCCCCCCCGCCUUUUAUCUACUUGGGGGAGGGGGGGGUAUUUUUCCCCCAAACCCAUUCUGACUCUCCGCCUUCUGUUACUUCGUACACUGACGAAGGCGCCAGCAGAACAAAGUGUACACAGCACCACCUUCCAAUUCUUUUAUUUUAUUUUUUUUCAGUUUGCAAAUAAAAGCCUUCUGGUGAAAGGCCUGCUGAAACUCAAAUCUGUCUUAUCUUACAGCACUCGGUUCAAAGUGAUAGGAACAGGAAGUUAUGUUUACAGAUCCGUACAGUCAGCACGAAGGGCCGUUACCCUCUGGCUGUAAAACUGCAGUGGAGCAGAAGCUUUCCCCUACACCUCCAUCCACUGCCAGCAUGCCAGUAUGAUCAGUGCAGAGCUGUAAAGAAGGAGGUCUUCACAAAUGAUGUUCCUGUGGCGGUGGGCUAGCGAUGCAAUCAUAGAUGUUUGGUUCUUACGGAGGAAUUUCUUUUAAAAUAGUAACAGGGUUUUUUCCUCUUUUUUUUAUGCCUCAGAACAUCACUUUUAUUUUGCUAAAAGUUCAUUAUUGGCUUGCUGGAAUUCCCUUAUUUUUUCCUCCAAUUCUCUGCGCACAUUUUAGAGUUUUCUCAGGACCUCGAGUUAUUUUGGAAGUGCAUUUAUUUGAGAUGAAUAUUCAGUUUUUUUUAUCUGUUGAGGAAAAAUUUGUUUUUGAAAGACGAUUUGAAAAUGUGCUGAUAUUUAUUGAAAACUGCAAAUCUUUGUAAAAAUGGUUAACAUUCUAAUUUAAAUAAGUCAUGCAACUAAAGUUGAUGUUGCAAAUAAUGAGUGAAAACUAAUAUUAUGCACUUACAAAUGUGGCAGCAUUCCUUUAUUGUAGCCCACUAUUGUGUCUUUGGUGAGGCUGUUCUUUACGGAGAGUUCUCAGUACAAAAUGAAAUGGUGGUUCUUGUAUCUCAUUUUGUUGUAGAGAUAUAAUUCAGAUACCAUUCUAAGCUCAACUAGUGCUGAAAUAAGUCUUUAGUUUGUGACAGUGAGAGCUUGUUUUAGUUUUGUUUGCUGUUGUCCCAGAUGAGGAAUCAUUAUGGACCUUACAGUGUUUUGUGGAUCUUUUCAUUCAACUGGAGUUGAAGUGUAAGUCAUUUAGAAAAAACUAUGUGCUCUUCAGAGCAAUUUAAUAUCUCCUAUUAGUGGAGAUAAUGAAGAAUUAGAUGACAUGAAACCAGCAUGAACUUAACCCAUUUUAAUGUACACAACCCAAAUGGAAAUGCUUUUCGAUAUGUUCAUCACAGGGCUGGUUUUCCCAGCAUAGUUUUCAUUGCACAAUCACUUGUACAGUUUUGUGUAGUGCUGCUCAUGUAAUGGAGCUGUAAAGUCUCCCUAGAUCGUUCUGUCCUUCUCGAAGCAACACUGUUCCUGUUUUGACUGCUUAAAAAAAAAAAAUAAAUAAAAAUCAGGCAUCGCUGAUUUACCCAGUAUGACCUUGUUGUGUUCCAGUGUGUAUAUUCUCCAUCACCGUACAAUAGGUGAAUAGCAGCUGUUUGGUGGUUGAGUAUUAGUACUGCUGGAAAUGUCCUGUCCUAAUCUGACGUUUCUAAUAUUUCCAGUCUUCAGUGGAUGUUCACCUACUCCAAUCACAUAAUGCAAUGAUGUUGUUGAUCUGUUCAUUCUUAUCCCAAUCUAAAUUCAAUAAAACAAAAAAACCCCACCCACA